CUAUCAGAGUUGUGUUUCCACCAGUUUGCCAGGCUUUCAGGUCAUCUGUUCUGGACCCAUCUUUCUUCCCCUUUCUUUUCAUUGUACGUGACUGCAAAAGCCCAUUAAACCUCUGCCAAAAUGGAGGCCAUCAAAAAGAAAAUGCUUAUGCUGAAGUUGGACAAGGAAAAUGCACUAGACCAGGCUGAACAAGCUGAAGCAGACAAGAAAGCAGCUGAAGACAGAAGCAAACAGCAUGAAGAUGAACUACUGCAAAUGCAAAAGAAGCUGAAGGGGACAGAGGACGAGCUUGACAAAUACUCUGAGGCCCUGAAAGAUGCUCAGGAGAAGCUUGAGGUGGCUGAUAAGAAGGCUGCUGACGCUGAAGCAGAAGUGGCUUCCCUAAACAGACGUAUCCAGCUAGUGGAGGAGGAGUUGGACCGUGCUCAGGAGAGACUGGCAACGGCUCUGCAAAAGUUAGAGGAGGCAGAGAAGGCUGCUGAUGAGAGCGAGAGAGGUAUGAAGGUGAUUGAGAACAGGGCUCUAAAGGAUGAAGAGAAGAUGGAGCUUCAAGAGAUUCAACUGAAGGAGGCAAAACACAUUGCAGAGGAGGCUGACCGCAAAUACGAGGAGGUUGCCCGUAAGCUGGUGAUUGUAGAAGGGGAGCUGGAGCGUACAGAAGAGAGGGCAGAAUUGGCUGAGGCUAAAUGUGCGGAACUGGAGGAGGAACUUAAGAAUGUCACCAAUAACUUGAAGUCUCUGGAAGCCCAGGCUGAAAAGUACUCUCAAAAGGAGGACAAGUAUGAGGAAGAGAUCAAGAUCCUGACUGACAAGCUGAAAGAGGCUGAGACCCGAGCUGAGUUUGCUGAGAGAUCUGUUGCCAAGUUGGAGAAAACCAUUGAUGAUCUGGAAGAUGAGCUUUAUGCACAGAAACUCAAGUACAAAGCCAUCAGUGAGGAACUGGACCAUGCCCUCAAUGACAUGACCUCUAUCUAAACAUCCAGAAGAUCCACCAUCCUGUGAGGUUGUGGUUUCAAGACUCAGCCUUUUGCAGUCACACUCAGCCUUUUACCCCCUACCUAUACCCCCAUCCUCCACCCUCCUCAAUUCUUUCUCUAGCUUUCCUGAUUCUUCAACUGCUUAACUGUUGAAAUCUGUUUGUGCCUGUUGUACGUUUAAGCACUUUCUCAAUGUAUCUGCUGAUCUUGCUCUAUUUCAGUCAAUCCCUAGUCAUCUAAGAGUCAUUCACUAUGUUGUCUGAUUUCACUCUUCGCUGUACUUCUGUAUCAAUUCUUCAGUUGUUCUGUACCAGUGUUAAAAAAGGGAGGGGAGAAAUGGUUGAAUUAAUACAUUUGUGUCUAUCUGUCUGUUUA